AUGGCGCUGCCCGCGCAGGUGCCGCUGGUGCGGCUGCCGCGGUUAUCCUGGCAGCCCGUACAGGUCCAUGUAGGUGUUGACGAGGUCGUAGAGGGCGUCAUCGUCGCCGCCGUCCGAUCUGCUGCUCUCUGCCGCAGUCGUGAUCUCGCGCUUGACCGGCGUCGGCGUGGAGAGCGGCGGUGGCCGGACCUCUUGGGCGGUCCACGCGUGAAAGAGGAUGGGUACGAGUUGAACGGUGUGAGAAUUUGCAUACGAGACGUUCACCGCCGCCUUGCUGCUUGUUUCACGUGGAGAUUAGAAGAUGACGUGUGGUCCCAGAUUUUAUAUGGCCCUACCAGCAGCGACAGGAGGUGA